GACCCGGCGCAUGCGCAUUCGGCUCGUGGCUUGUCCGACCAGACAUGCAAGCUUUUAUCAUUAGGCGCUGAAACAUGCCUCGUCCCGCGAAAGGCAAACGCGGCAAGGGAGCGGGUGCGGUCGGGGGCCAUGACGCGGCCGAUCUUCUUGAACGGCUCAACAGCAGCGGCCUUGGUGAAAAAGAGGUGCUUGCGAUUGUAGGGGCCAACAAGGUGCCCUGCGAACACCUCCGGAGCCCUUGCGUGAGGAACCGGAAGGAGAAUGUGGCAUGCUUCUGUCAGCUCGUGCCUGCCGAGACGUCGUACCGCAAAAAGGGGCUGUGGCAAAAGGAGCAGACGUACCUAGGGACGCUGGGGUCGGACCCCAAGGAGAGGCAGCGAGAGGACGCGGCCACGCCCGCCGGGCUGCGCAACCUGGGCAACACCUGCUACGCCAACGCGGCGCUGCAGUGCCUGUUCUCCAUCCCCUCGCUACGCACCGGCAUCUACACCGCGGAGCCGGCGGUGGCGGGCCACGACAUCCUGCGCCAGCUGCAGGGCCUGUUCCUGCAGAUGCAGUUCGGGCCGCAGCGGUCGGUGGACACGGAGGCGCUGGCCAAGACGUUGGGCCUCAACCACGCCGUUCAGCAGGAUGGUCAGGAGUUCUUGAAGCUGCUGCUCACGCGCGUGGAGCAGCUGAUGAGCAAGUCUAGCGACGGGGCGGCACGGCGGCUGGUUCCUCAGCUGUUCCGUGGCGGUCUGUCCUACGUCACCACCUGCCAGCGCUGCGGGCGUGACUCGAGCAGCUCUCACGAGGUGCAGGACUUUUACGACCUCAUGCCCCAGGUCCGCGGCUUUGGCUCGCUCACUACCAGCCUGGCAUCCUUCCUGCACGCCGAGUCGCUCAGCGGUGACAACCGCUACCUGUGCGACUUCUGCGGCACCAAGGUGGACGCGCUGCGCCGCGUGCGGCUGCGCGCGCUGCCGCCCUACCUGUGCCUUGCGCUGCAGCGCUUCUAUUUUGACCCCCGGACUUUCGACAAGGCCAAGGCUCUGGACAAGUUCGCCUUCCCGCUGACGCUGGACUUCAGCCAGGUGCUCGCGGAGGCGGCGGCCGCGGAACAGGCGGCAGCUGGUGCGGCAGCGGCGGCGGUCGCUGCCUCUACUGCAGACGCCGCGGGCGCGGCCUCAGACGCUGUGCCCAAUGCCGACGCGGCGGCGCCGAAGGCGGCAGACGCGGCCGCUGCCGCGGCGGCUGCGGUGUCUCUGGAGACGCCCUCGUACCCGGUGGAGGGCAGCCCCCUGUACGAGCUGGUUGGCAUCCUCAUCCACAAGGGCUCGCAGGCGCACAGCGGACACUACGUCGCGCACAUCAAGGACCAGGCCAGCGGGCAGUGGUGGCGCUUUGACGACGAGGUGGCUGCCUGCAUUGGCCCCGACCCCGCCGCCGCCUUCCAGUCAGACCACGGCGCGGUCGGCGCGGCGGCGGCGGCGGCGGCCGCCGCUGGCGGAACGGCGGCGGACGGCAGCACCAAAGGCGCAGGCGCCUCCCGCAAGCGGACGGCCACGCAUGAUGACGUGGACUAUGAGGAGGAGGCAGCCGCGGCGGGAGAGGAGCCAGGCCGCGGUGGCGGUGGUGAGGAGGAGGAGGAGGACGAUGAGGAGGACGGAGGUGCGGGCGGCAAGCGCAGCGGCAGGGGCGGCCGAGGCGGGAAAAAGCGAGCCCGGGCGGGCAGCCGCGCCGGCAGAGGUGGCAGCAGCGGCGGCGGGCGCGGCGGCAAGAAGGGCACGGCGGCUGCGGCAGCCGGUGUUUCUGCCGAGUCAGGGGCGGGCAAGAGCAGGGGUAGAGGCGGGCAGGGCAGGAGAGGCGGGCGGCGUGGGCGCACCAGUGGCGCAGUUGACAUGGAUGGCGACGCCAGCGACGCCGACGGCGAGUUGCGGGCGGCUCUGGCCGCGUCCAUGGCUCUGCAGCAGGAGGACGAGGGGCUGCGGUUUGCCAUGGAGGCUAGCAUGGCCGACGCGGCCGGGCUCGGGGUGGGUGGCGUUGGCGGUGGUGACACCGGGGCUGCGGCGGGCGAAGCCGGCGGCGCCCACGCAGGCGACGCGGAGGAGGCGGCGUUGGUUCAGAUGGCGCUGGAAGAGAGCGAGCGGGAGGCGGAGAUGGCGGCAGUCCUGGCUGGCGCUGGUGGUGCGGGCCGCGGCGGCGGUGGCGGUGGAGGCGCGGCCGGAGGUGGUGGCGGAGGCGGCGACGCCGCUGAGUUGGGGGAGGACGGAGCAGGGCAGCAAGGGGAUGCAACGUCUCCUAUGGAGUCGGACGCGGAGGCGGUGGCGGCUGCGAUGGCGGCGAGCCUGGCGGACGCCGCGGCACCCACGCCGCCGCGGCUUACGCCGCCGCCGUCGCUCAUGAGCGCGCCGCCGCUGCGGCCGUCGCAUCUGCGGCCGCUGGCCCUGAAGUCCGACGAGGCGGGCGAUGACCUGAAGGGCUCGGUGCACAACAGCCCCAAGUCCGGCCCCGCUGCCGCCGCCGCAAUCAAGGGCGAAACAAUCGGCAAGGCUGGUGGCGUGGGCGGCAGCGGCUCGCUGGUGUCCGCCAACGCCUACAUGCUGGUGUACCGGGCCGUGGGGCUGCAGGAGCCGCCGCCGGCCCGCACCGUGGAGGAGCUGCCGGCGGCGCUGCAGGCGGCCGUGGCCGAGGUGGCGGCGGCCUACGCGGACGAGUGCGACGUGUACCAGCGGCAGCGCGACGCGCUCAAGACGCAAGUGGAAGAGCGGCGGCGCUCCGUGCGUGAGCUACUCAGCUGCAUCAGCCCGCGGCUGCCGCUGCAGACCUCGAGUCAGCAGCCGCUGCAGCAACAGCAGCCGGAGGUCAUUGGAGACGACGAAGACUCGGCUGAUGCCUCGGCGCCCCAGGAGCAACAGCAGCAGCAGCCCGGCACAGCGGGGUACUGGGUGUCAAUGCCUUGGCUUGAGCAGUGGGCCAACGAUGAGGGCGCGCCGCCGCCCAUUGACAACGGCCCCAUCACGUGCGCCAUACACAGCCGAGCAGGCGCGCGCGGAGGUGCUGCUGCCGGGGCAGCAGGCGGCGCGGGGGACAGUCAAAGCCAAGGUGGAGGAGGCGGGGCCGGCACUGGGAGCUGCUUGGACCCUGCCAAGGUUGCGGCUGCCAAGUUGGUAUCGGCCGAGGCCUGGGAGCGUCUUCACGCGGCGCACGGCGGCGGGCCGGUGCUUGCGGCGGGCGACGUGUGCCGGCAGUGCCUUGAGGGCAGCGCCAGCCAGGCACUGCUCGGCAACCAGGCGGAGGAGGUGCGGCGGCGCGUCGCGGCACUGCUGGAGGCGGGGCCGGCGGCGGGCGCCGAGGCAGAGUGGGAGGAGGCUGAGGUAGAGGAGGCGAUGGACGCGGAGGAGGACGCCUCGCCGCGCUCGUUCUGGGUGUCACGCCUGUGGCUGCAGGGCUGGUCCAAACGCCAGGGCGCCAGCGUCAAGGCCGAGAAGUCGCCCACCGCCGACCUGGCCUGCCCGCACGGCGAGCUGCAGCCGGCGCGCGCCGCCAAGCGUGUGGCCGUGCCCGCCGACAUCUGGCGCUUCCUGCGGGACCUGUGGCGCCGCCAGCGCCUCGCAGAGGCGCAGGACGCCGCCGCAGGCAAGCCGGCGCCGGUGGGCCGCGGCCGCGGCCACAAGGCCAGCAGCGCAGACGCCGGAGGCGUGAACGGUAGCGCAGGCGCGGGUGUGGGAGCGGGAGCGGGGUCGCCGUCGCCUCCUGCAGUGGACUGUAUGGAUUUGACAGGGGAUGACGCGCCGGGGCUGGCGGCGAGCGGGAAGGCCGGGAAGCGCGAGACGGUGGAGAUCGAUCAGGAUGACCGCGUCAUCGGUGACGACGACGACGACGAGGAUGAUAUGCAGAUGAUUGAUGCGCCGUCGGCGCAGGCUGGUGGCGCGCCGGCGGGGGCUGCACCUGAGGCAGCUGGGGCCGGAGGCCUGCGCGAGGACGAAGACGGCUCGGCAAACAGGCGCUCGCGUGAGGCGUCCGCGGUGCCGCCGUCCCGGGAGGGCACCGCAGACGUGGAGGCGCCAGUGCCGCCGUCGGAGCUGGGCGCCGCCGCAGACGCAGCGGCCGGCAAACCGGCGGCUACGGCUGCCGCCGCCGCAGCGCCUGCGCGCAUACCGACGGCGGCGGAGCUGGAGGCCAUGUGUCCGGAGCUGCCGGUGGGGCGCGUGUUCGAGUGCGAGCUGUGCCGCGAGGCGGCGGGGCAGGCGGCGUCGGCGCACGCGGACAGCCGGCGGCAGCUCGACAUGGAGCGCAACGCGCUGAGCGGCCUCAAGAUGGAGGCCUGGCCGCAGCUGACGCCCGGCUGCCAGUACUACAUGGUGCCCACGUCCUGGGUCCGGGAGUGGCAGCAGUACGUGCGCGUGCUGCCCAAGGGAACGCCGGCGGCGCCGCGGCCUAGCUCCCUGUCCGCCGCCAUGCUGCGCGUGCUGUGCCCCUGCCACCCGGACGAGCCACGCCUUGGCGUGCCGCCCCCGCGCCUGACUGUCAGCAAGCGCAGCCGGCUCUCGCAGCUGGAUCUGGAGCAGGACCCCAUGCGCCUCAUCACCCAGGAAGACUGGGACCACCUGCGCCACGUCUACCUGCGCGACCUCAACAACGCCUCGUCCGCCGCAGCAGCCGACGCUUACGCGGUCGCAGGCACGAGCACAGGCACAGUAGGCGGACGUGACGUGGGCGGCGGCAAGCGCCGCGCUUUCCAGCGCGCCAGCGCCGCCAUCGCAAACGGCGCGCACGGUGCCGAGGAUGGCGACGCCGGCGCGGGCUAUGCCGUCGGGUCAAACGGUAACGGCAGAGCGCUGCUGCAGGAGGACGGCGCCGCCGAUGUGGUCGUGAAGGACGGGGCCGAUGGAAGCAGCGGCGCGGCGGCGAACGCAGCCCAGCUGGCGGCGGUUGCGCACGGCUUCACCGCUGACGUCGCACAGCUGGUUGAGGAGCAGCAGGACACGGGCGCGGCAGCGACGGUAUCCGCAUCCGCGGCAACAGGGCGCAUCGGCGGUGGCAGCAGCCGGCGGCGAGGCGACGGCGGCGAGGCGGCCGGGGCAGUGCGGGCGCCGGACGUGUUGGUGUGGCCGCCGGUGUGCUGGGCGGCUCUGGCGGAGCAGGGCCGAGCGGCGCGCGAGGCGGCGCUGGUGUAUUCGGAGGCCGAGGUGAUGGUGGAGCUGGUGGCGGCUGAGGACCUGGAGGGCGCGUUCAAGGAUAGCGGUGUCGGACUUGAGCGGCGCUCACGGCGCACCCGCAAGGGCCGCACCUCCAUCACCGUCAGCAAUACCACCACCCUGGAGCAGCUCAAGCUACAGAUCUUCGAGAGCCUGUCCAUCCACCCCAAGAACCAGACGCUAUACGUCCGCGGCGACGACGGCUCGCCGCGGCAGCUGCAGGGCGAUGAGCUGAGUCUGGCGCAGCACGAGGUGCUACCGGGCGCGGAGCUGCGGCUGGUGCGGCUGCGGCUGGUGGACGACGACGACGACGUGGCUGGGCUGUUCGGCGAGGGCCGGGCCAAGCGGCGGCAGGUGGAGGAGGGCUUCAAGAACACUGCCUUGCAUGGGGACCUGCCGCUGCAGCAGCAGGAGGCAGCGGCAGGCGCCGAGCAGGGCGCCGAUCAAGGCAGCAGUGGGGCUGCUGGAGUGCAGGAGGCAGUUGAGGACGACUCGCAUGUGGUGUGAUGGCGCAGGCGCUGCAUCCUGGAUGGCGGCCAAACCGGUGACACAUGCAGAGCUCAGGUAGUUGCGGACUGUUGUUGUGGAGGAAGCGAACUGGCAAGGCUUUGCCAGCACCCACAUGUUGCGGUGGCGCAACAUGUGGGUCUCCUGUAGGUGAGACGAAGGGAGCAGGCAAGGCCACGAGGAGGAGAACGUUGUGGCGCACGUACCGUAACCGGCAAAGGCAGCGGCGCUGGCGCACAGGUGUACGGUCAGGGUUUCAUGCGCGCAAGCGUUCUAUUAGGCCAUGCGCCAAUCAAUUGCCACGGUGUGGUGGCUGUCCUGGCAGCGGUGUGGUAUGUUUAUAUGAAUAGGGCUGGACCUGGCUAUGAUGAUCACGGGAUAGGACGCGGCUGCUGGGGGCGGACUUCGUUAAGCUAUGGCGCGUGUUCAGGCUGUGUGGCCGAACUAAUUUGGCAACAAACGACGUGGCAGCUCUUGCGCAGUCGACGGCGCGACGCCAGCCACAAGCCCACAAAACUCUUCCCACUUGUUUACACUGCGAC